UCUCAUUUAACUGGAGACUUUUGGUCGUCGAUAACAACAGCAGCAUCAGACAAGAGAUAACCUAAUGAUGGAAGAAUUUGAAGAUGGCGAAGCUCCUCCUGCUGAGGAUCUGACUCAGUGCAACACCUGUAAAAGAUUUUUCUUCCCAAAAGUUCUGGAGAAGCAUGCUAAAAUCUGCCUUAAGUCAUCAGCCAAAAGGAGGAGGGUUUUUGACUCCAGUCGACAGAGAGCUGAGGGCACAGACCUUCCCACGCUCAAACCCUUGAAACCAAAGUCACAAAGUUCAUCUUCUUCUGGGAAAGCAGAACCCCCUAAGAAGCCAUCCAACUGGCGCAAAAAACAUGAGGACUUCAUCGCUACCAUCCGAGCCGCCAAGGCCCUCACUCAGGUCAUGAAGGAUGGGGGGCCCUUACCCCCACCUCCUCCUCCUACUUAUGACCCAGACUAUAUCCAGUGCCCUUACUGUCAGCGGAGGUUCAAUGAGGGUGCAGCUGACAGACACAUCAAGUUCUGCCAGGAGCAGGCUGCUCGUAUGCCCAAGGGCAAGUCUGGGGAUGCCAAAAAGCCUCCUGGUCGCACACAGUGCAAGCCUCCUGCUUCCAUAAAGAAGGCCAACUCUCCUGCUGUGUCAACCAUCCCGUCAGCCUCCUCUCGUUUACCCCAGAGGUCAGGCCUCGGACAGCCCACUGGGAUCCCAUCUAGUAAGGUCCCCUCUGCAGGUUCAGUGAGGAGCAAUCCCUCAGGCCUCACAAGCCCUCCAUCAGGUGUGGGAAUUAAGCCCCGAGCCAUGAGCUAUGGUUCUGUGAGGAACACUCAAUCUGGAACAGCACUCAACAAGAAGAAAGUAGACACCUACAUAUCUAGAAAUGACGUCGAUGGCGGUAAUGAUGUCGGCAAUGGUGGGAUGAAGAGCAAGUUCUGUCAUGCAUGUGGGACCAAGUACCCCGUUGAGUCCGCCAAGUUCUGCUGCGAGUGUGGGGUCAGGAGGAUGUGUAUCUAAGGCAGGUCAGAUGAGGGAGAAGGACAUAUUGGGGAUGCACCGGUACUCAAACUAGCAACAGAGUUUCGCCAAAAGCUAAUCCAUCUGCAUUUUACACUUGGGGUCUAAUUUCACGGCAGUAAAGUGGUGUAAUCAGCAGACAAUACCAUGAUGCUGUAUUUUAUUUAAUAGUUGCUGUUUAGUCUUUUUGCAAUUUGCUGGUCCAGUCCGCUAUUAUCACGUUUUAAAGUCCUGCUGUAGAGUAUCGAUAUCUGAGUAGCAUACAUUCUUCUUUUUUCACAAUAUAAAUAUUCCAACCAUUAUCUAUAGUAACAUUUACUAUGAUUACUAAGACUGGAGGCUGAUGGAUCUCAGUAGUGAACUGAUAUGGUGCGUGAACCAGCAGUCACCCUCCUUUGUAGACGCAAAUGUUAUUGCCGUGAAAAUAGAGACCAUAGAGGGUUUUAGAAUUUGGAAUUAGAGGAAAAAAGAUUUCCAAUUAAACUUUUUUUUGGUCAUAGGACUCAUAAGUAAUGUGGUCUGAGUCUGAAUUAUAAUAACAACCUAAUUUUAUUGAUGCUGGAUGAUAUCAAAGAGUUUAGCUUCCUGUAGGGUAAGGUAGAAGCUAUUGGUGCAUCCUUACACGAGAGUAGAGAAGAGAUGUGAAACAGAGUAGAUAAAAGUGAAGAGGUGGGUUGUAAAAAUGUGAACAAGGAGGUAAAUGACAAGAGUUGGAUGACUCACUGAAGGUGGGAGUGAUUGCCCCAUAAUCUCAAUCCCCAGUCAACCGUGAUCUGAAAUCCAUUCCUAAAUCCUGUUUGCCUCUGCUUCCUCACAAACCGAAUAUGUUCCUAUUGAAGUGCAAUAUGAUUGACUACUGAAGAAAACAAUGUGGUUUUCUAAAAGAAGAGUGUUGUAAUUUUGGAAAGAUAUCCCCUUGUUUUGACAGGGACCAGUCCAAAAAUGAACUCGCUGUUAAAGGUCAGUGCUCCCUUUAAGGUCACUUUACAGGCAAAGAUCCAGCUAACUUAAUGUUACCACCAUAGGCCUGGGAUUUUAUAAACAAAUGUAGCAUUUGCUCAGACCCUUUUAUUCACCCUUAUUUUAUACGAUGUAAUUAUUUAUUUUCUUAUUCCCUUUUAUUUUACUGAAAUGAACAAUUACUGCAUCUUUUUUGUUAAUACUCUACCGAAUUAAAAUGUGCUUUUCUUUGGAUUUGUAUGAAACCUAAAUGCACCUGGAUGUGUUGCAAUUGCUUUUUCCUCGACAGUGUUUCUAUUUAAUCAGUAUUCAGUGCAUUUAAGAUAUUUAACAGUCAAAAAUACGGUAACACUACAGACAAUUUAAAUGCUCUGUACGGGUAUGGUUGAUCUCUCUAGGUUCAUUUAACGGACACUAGUUAUGACCCCACAAAGUUCAUUUACAGCUGGGACACUAUAGAGGGAAAGGCCUCUACUUGAGGUACAUAGUUAAUGUUCAUUAAUUGCCACAAUUUUAAACAGCGAUUAGUAUGAUAAGAACUAUGAUAUGAACUUCAAGUCCUUUUAGAAGUCAGGCAUGUGUUGCAAAUUUCAGUAAUUUAUUGCGACAGCUGUUAGCCUGGAUACGGUUGUGCACUCGAUGGCAUGUAUAUCCACCAUUAAUAAAUUUCUAUGAAGACA